AUGGAAAUGAAAACCAGCGAAGAUCAUUUGAAAGUCCAUAAAAUGAAGAAGAAGAUAUUGAGGAAGCAGGUCAGAGCUCAGCAUACACUGAUGAGACAUGAAGGCAUCAAGUGCACCUCCUGUGCCACACAGAGCCUGGUUAUUGCCAAUGCUGGUCUUGGUAAUGGGAUGAGUAGACACCAACUGCUGAGCACAGUAGAAGAAUAUGGAUUGGUGGAAACACUCCUAAUGCCACCAAAUAAACCAUAUUCAUUUGUGAAAUAUGGGAAAACAGAAGAAGCCAAAAAAGCCUUUGAUGCCCUUAAUGGAAAAGAAGUAAUGCUGGAUGACACUGGCCAAAACAUUGUUCUGUAUAUUAAUUUUGUGGAAAAAGUUUGCUGGCAGAAUGCUGUUCCUACAAGCUUGCCUCCAGGCCUAAUGGUCGUCGAAAAGAUUAUUUCUCCAGAGGAAGAAAGAAGGAUGUUGGAAAGUAUUGACUGGCUAGGAAAUGAAGAUACUCAGAAUGCCCAGAAGACUUUAAAGCAUAGAAGAGUGAAACAUUUUGGAUAUGAGUUUUGCUAUGAUAACAACAAUGUUGAUAAAGACAAACCUUUACCUGGAGGACUUCCUGAAAUUUAUGACCUGUUCUUGGAUAGGUGCUUGAAGCAGGGAUAUAUCAAACAUAAACCAGAUCAACUGACUAUAAAUCAGUAUGAACCUGGACAAGGAAUUCCUCCUCAUAUUGAUACACAUUCUGCUUUUGAGGAUGAAAUAAUCUCUCUCAGUUUAGGAGCUGAG